AUGCAUCCAAUGAAUUUUGAUGAAUCCAUUGCCUGUCCACGAGCUCUGAUUACAGCGUGCGGUGUGAAAAGGUUUCCAAGCCGUCAUUACAACGAGAAGGAGUGUGCGGGGCAUGAGCCGUUUUCAUUAUCUGUUCAAGGCGCCAAGGAAUGCACUAAACAGCUCGCGCUCGGUCCACCUUUGUGUCCACCGAGAAAGUCUACCUCAUCCCUGAACUCCCAACUGCAACAGCUCCAGCAGCUCCAGCUCCAGCAGCAGCAGCAGCAGCAACAACAACAACAACAGCAACAGCAACUGCCUCCUCCAGCACCAACCAGCCAGCACCCACAGCCAGCCUCACAGGCGCCCUCACACUCUCAACAGCCACAAUCCCAGCCCACACCGCCCCACCAGCCACCACCUGCCUCACAGCAGCCACCGGCUCCGCCAGCUCAGCUGCCACAGGCUCCUCAGUCUCAACAGCACCCAUCCCACUCCCACCCCCAGAGCCAGAAUCAGUCAUCUCCAAGCCAACAGAGCUCAAGUCCCCCUCAGAAACCCAGCGCAUCUCCAGGACAUAGCCUUCCAUCACCGCUCACGCCGCCCAACCCUCUACAGCUGGUUAAUAAUCCUCUAGCAAGUCAGGCCGCCGCUGCUGCAGCAGCCAUGGGCUCCAUAGCAAGCUCACAGGCCUUUGGCAAUGCCCUCUCCAGCCUUCAGGGGGUCACAGGUCAACUAGUUACUAAUGCACAAGGACAGAUUAUUGGGACCAUUCCACUGAUGCCUAACCCAGGGCCAUCGAGUCAAGCAACAAGUGGCACUCAGGGCCUUCAAGUACAACCUAUCACGCCCCAGCUCCUAACCAAUGCCCAGGGCCAGAUCAUUGCCACAGUCAUCGGAAACCAGAUCUUGCCUGUGAUCAACACUCAGGGUAUCACCCUGUCCCCCAUCAAGCCAGGCCAGCAGCUUCACCAAUCUUCCCAGUCAUCAGUGGGUCAAGCAGGCACUCAAGGGAACCUUCUGCACCUGGCUCAUGGCCAAGCAUCCACAUCUCAAAGUCCCGUGCGACAAGCUUCUUCCUCCUCCUCCUCAUCCUCCUCUUCUUCAGCUUUGAGCGUGGGCCAGUUAGUGAGCAAUCCUCAAACGGCAGCGGGUGAGGUGGACGGGGUUAAUCUGGAGGAGAUUCGAGAGUUUGCCAAAGCUUUUAAAAUCCGACGCCUGUCCCUUGGCCUGACACAGACUCAGGUGGGACAAGCCCUCAGUGCCACAGAGGGCCCCGCAUACAGCCAGUCAGCCAUCUGCAGACACACCAUCCUGAGAAGCCACUUUUUCCUACCACAGGAAGCCCAAGAGAACACUAUAGCUAGCAGUCUGACAGCCAAACUGAACCCUGGCCUUUUGUAUCCUGCCAGGUUUGAAAAGCUGGACAUCACCCCUAAAAGUGCCCAGAAGAUCAAGCCGGUGCUUGAGCGGUGGAUGGCUGAGGCUGAGGCCCGCCAUCGAGCAGGUAUGCAGAACCUCACGGAGUUUAUUGGGAGUGAGCCAUCCAAAAAGCGCAAGCGGCGCACCUCCUUCACACCCCAGGCCCUUGAGAUCCUCAAUGCCCACUUUGAGAAGAACACACACCCCUCAGGGCAGGAAAUGACCGAGAUUGCUGAGAAGCUAAACUAUGACCGGGAAGUAGUUAGAGUUUGGUUCUGCAAUAAGAGACAAGCCCUGAAGAACACAAUUAAGCGCUUAAAGCAACAUGAGCCCACUUCAGCGGUCCCGCUGGAGCCCUUAGCCGACUCGCCUGAAGAAAACUGCUAGACACACCCAUCCAUGGUCAGAAGGAAGCACCGCAGAAACUACUCUGAAUCUCCACAAAAAAAGAAAGAAGAAAGGAUUAAAGACACCCCCAGUCAUCAUUUCCCUUGUAUGUAAAAGACUCAAAAGGAAAAGGAAAAAGGAAAAAACAAAAAACCUAACAAAUGGGCAGGAUGGUUUAUACAUGUCCGUGGGCUUUCCAAAAGGAAGAAGAAAAGGAAAUUUUAAAUUUUUAAACAGGAAAUGCACCACAUGGAAGGAGUAUGUGGUAGGAUCAUUCCCUCCCCCACCUGUCUCCGUAAAGCCAGUUUUUUAAAGCAAACCAAAUAUCCACUUACUUUUUUCUGUAUAUGAUGAAAAUGUGAACACCUAUUAAGGAAAAAGAAAAAAAAAGAAAACCAAAAAACAAAACAAAACAAUUCACCACCACAAACUUCUAUCUGUUCAAAGCGAAUGCAAGCCUGCCACCUGGAGGAGGGCCCGCAUCCCUUCAGGGACGAAGUGCUGAUCACUGCAAAACCUAUUAACCAAAGUCAGAAACACUGCGAACGCUGUUGGUCUACUUGCCUCGGCGUGUAAAGCUGGGGUUUGAAUUUUUACAUUUGUACCAACAAAAAAGCAGGAACCCUGCUUUCUCCCAUCUUUCUUACCGGUUGUCUCUGUCACCAGGGACGUUUUUGAAAUCAUUCUGUAUGGCUCACUACCAAUGUGUUUCUUAGCAGAAGUGAGUUUUCAUUUUGUUGGGUUUUUUUUUUCCUAAAUUGUGUUAUUUCCUUUUGCUUUGUUUCGAUUGGGGGUGGGGGCAACCUGAAUUGUGUGCCAAAGCAUCUGUGGCAAUUCUUCUCAUUGUGAGCUGGAGGUUUGAGAAAGAUAAUGGAGUUCACACCUCCCUUUCUUCCUUAUUUCUCCACCUCCCUCUCAUGUGGCUCCUGGGAUCUUCAGGAAGGUAGCAGAUGUGAGAAGAAAAGGUGUAUUUUUCCACUCCAAUCCUGCAGAGAUGCAGGAAAGACUCCAGAAAAACUAGGGCUUUGCUGGGUGACUAUCAACACCAGCAGAGGCUGUAAUUGUGCUCACCGUCCACACCGGAGAUUGAGAUUUUUCUCAGUCUGCUAGCCACACUUGUGGAGAGCUGAUCAAAACUAAUUCUGUAAUAUAAACAUAAGCUGCACAUAUGGUUCAAUACUUACAUCUGUGUUUUGCUUCUGCUCAAAGCAAUUUCUCUCAGAAGUCUGAUAGCCAAAGAAAUGUCUCAAGGUUUCAACCAACACACACACACACACACACACACACACACACACACACACAAGCAUGUUCAUACCCAUCCACCUUGCACAAAGAGACAAGCCACAAAGAAAAUGACAGUGGCCUAGAUUGUUAGGGGCUGCCAAAUAUCCUGUUAGCCUCACUUUGUCUGCAACCUCUUUCAUCAGACAGUGUUGGCAGACAUUUGGAGCUGGGGUACAACUGUUCUUGAAUUUAUAAAUGGGGCAGAAAUGUGACAGGCAAAGUUAAGCUAUUGGAAUUGGGCUCUGACUUCUUGACUAGAAAAGAAGGAUUAGCGAAAAGAUCCUCCAAGAAAGGAAAAAUAUACAGAAGCAGCUCAUAAAACAUAUCAGAAAAGCCUUCACUAUUAGAACAAGUAUAUUAAUUCAUUUAAAAAAAAAAAGAACUUCCCCAAGGCAUGGGCCAUUGAGACCCAAGAAGCCCACAGAAUGGACUAAGGAGGAGGAUAGAGGGGCAAGAAACUCCUGGGCCCAGAAGAAGGUAGACGGUUCUACCAAAGAAGGCAAAAGAGAAUCAUCGAUUAGCUUGUUGUCAAAAUGUAAAUAUUCAUGAGUAAUUAAAAAGCAUGCUCCUUUACUGUCUAGAGGCAAAUCAUGAACGGUAAAGAGAAACCCCACCUCCCAUUGCCCAGUUGAUCACAAAGACCAUGAUCCCCUUCCCCUAGCACACGCCUCCCACCCAGGGUUCUAGUUUUUGGUUGUGUUGGCUCCUUUGCUGGUUACGAAAAUGGGGCAAUGUAACAGUUCCCUCAGCUGGUUCAAUCAGCAACCAUAAAGUUC